CAAAUAAUCAUGAGUAAAUAUAAUUUAAUUCUGGUGCUUUUGCUAACAUCAUACAUAGCCGGGUCACUGCAAUCACCAAAUAGUUUCAAAAAUGUAGACCAAAUGAUUGACUAUAUUAACAGCGCCGACACCACAUGGAAGGCUGGCAAAAACUUUGACGACAAGUAUACACUUGAAUAUCUGAAAGGACUACUGGGUGUCCGACACUCAGGACAGGUAUCAUACGAUGACAGCGAACCUGUAGUCUACGAGGACCUGGACAUCCCCGAGUCGUUUGACUCACGCCAACAAUGGCCAGAGUGUCGCUCCCUUAAAGUGAUCAGAGAUCAGGGGGCGUGCGGCUCGUGUUGGGCGGUGUCGACCGUUUCCGUGAUCUCUGACCGCAUAUGUAUCGCAUCGAAGGGUAGACAACAGGUGGAGAUAUCUGUUGAGGAUCUGUUAAGCUGUACCCACAUAGGCAGCUGCGCCCAUGGAGGUGAGCCCUGGUAUGCCCACCAGGAGUAUAUUGGCAGAGGUUUGGUGUCGGGAGGUGACUAUAAUAGUCAUGAGGGCUGUAUGCCGUAUACAAUAGCCCCGUGCGAACACGUGGGUACUGGACACUACCCGCCCUGUCCGACCACUUUAGUCCCCACCCCUCAGUGUGAGAAUAAGUGUGAGGCGGGUUAUAACGGGACUUACGCUCAGGACAAACAUUUUGGUAGCAAAAGGACCCUGUUCGCUAAUAAGACUAAGGAUGUACAGCUAGAAAUUAUGACAAAUGGACCUGUAGUUGCUGAUUUUGGUGUUUACGAAGACUUUUUUCAAUACAAAUCUGGUGUAUAUCAACACGUGACAGGUCAGUUUGCUGGUAACCAUGCUGUUAGGAUACUGGGCUGGGGUGUGGAAAAUGGUGUGGACUACUGGUUGGUGGCUAACUCGUGGAAUGAGGAUUGGGGUGACAAAGGUUACUUUAAAAUUAAGCGUGGUAAUGAUGAGUGUGCAUUUGAGAGUCUGAUUACCUCAAGUUUGCCAAAGUUAUAA